AUGGGCGCAGUUGAGCUGUUACUAGAAACCCGGUGGUUGAUUGUCGGUGGUCUUCUCGUGCUCUACUGCGUGAAAAAGGUCCAAACGUACUAUCGCCUUCGAAAGUUCAAGGGGCCCCUGAUCUGUGGUUUCUCCAGUUUUCAGCACACCCAGGCGGUGCUCAGCCUGCAGUGCGAACGAUGGUAUAAAGAAAUGACUGACACGUAUGGCCCCAUCGUCCGGAUAGGCCCAAAUGCGCUCAUCACCUCAUCGCCAGAGGUAUGGGCUCAUAUUAACGCAGUCCGGUCUCCAUAUAAAAGGUCGGACUGGUAUUAUCAUGCUGCUCGGUUCAAGCCAGGCGAGGAUCAUGUAUUCAGCGAGACGAAUAACGACCGGCAUGACCGGAGACGCAAGCAAAUGUUAAUGGGAUAUUCCGGAAAAGAAAAUCUGUCGCUAGAAGCCGACAUCGACCUGCGCGUGCGGGACUUUCUAGAUCUAAUUCGGAACGGAUACCUGUCCACCGAAGCCAGGGUGAAGCCAAUGGACCUGGCGAAGAAGGUCCAAUACCUGACAUUGGAUGUGAUCAGUACGGUCGGCCUGGGGAACAGCUUUGGCAUGCUGAAGGCGGAUCAGGAUGUCAAUGACUACAUCAAAUCCGGAGAAGAGGGCCUCUGGAUGUCGAACUUCCUGAUGGGCACCGGUCUGCACUGGAUCAUGCAGAUUGAGUGGGUUGGGAAGCUUCUCGGUCCCUCCACGAAUGAUUCUACGGGCUUUGGGAAGAUGAUGGCCACGACCGGGCAGAUGGUGGCGAAGCGACUACAGAGCUCCACCGACGCGAGGAGCGACAUGCUUGCUUCGUUUAUCCGGCAUGGGCUGAUCGGCAACGAGCUAUGGAUGGAAGCGUUUGAGCAGGUUCUAGCCGGAUCCGACACCACGGCGUCGGGGAUCCGGGGCAUCCUACUUUGCCUCCUUUCAAAUCCGCGAGUGUACAAGAAGCUGCAGGCGGAAAUCGAUGACGCGGUUCGAGACGACAAGGCACCUUCAAGCGAUAUUAUGCCUGACGCUCAGUUGCGGCGACUCACAUACCUGCAGGCAGUGAUUAGGGAAGGGCUACGGGUCUUUGUCCCGGUCGUCAACAUCUUCCCAAGGGACGUACCGUCUGAAGGCGACGAAGUCAUCCUUGACGGCGAGUCGGUUAAAAUCCCUGGCGGUACUUGGAUCGGGUAUUCUGCUCUUGGCAUGCAUCUCAACAAAGCCACCUAUGGCGACGAUGCGGAAGUAUUCAGGCCGGAACGAUGGCUGAUCGAAGACAAAGAUCACCUGGCGAAGAUGACGAGAGUCAAUGACCUUAUCUUUGGCUACGGUCGGUGGAAGUGUCUCGGUCAGACAGUUGCGCUGAUUGAAAUCAGCAAGACCAUUUUCGAGGCUCUGCGUAACUUUGAUUGGGCUCUUGUCAACCCAGAACAACCAUGGCGUAGAAGAAAUGUGAACGGCCUUUUUGCUGUGACCGACAUGUGGGUUACAGUGACAGCAAGAGAGAAGUUGGGCAGCUGUCUCUAG